CCCCACCAGGAGCCUGAGCCCCUGUGAGAUGUUCAAGAAUGAGACGGGAGUCAGCGAGUUUCUCCUGCUUGGCAUCACCAAUGACCCAGGGCAGCAGCAAAUCCUCUUCUGGGCCUUCCUGUGCAUGUACCUGGUCACGCUGACUGGGAACACUCUCAUCCUCCUGGCCAUCAGCUCUGACCCCCGCCUGCACACCCCCAUGUACUUCUUCCUGGCCAACCUUUCCCUUGUUGACAUCUGCUUCACCACCAAUCUCAUCCCCAGGCUCCUGGCCAGCCAUGUGGCUGGAACACGAACUAUCUCUUACACCCACUGCCUGACUCAGAUGUACUUUCUAAUCUCCUUUGCCAAUGUGGACACCUUUCUGCUGGCUGCCAUGGCCCUGGACAGAUUCGUGGCCAUCUGCUACCCGCUACAGUACUGCACCAUCAUAACCCCCCAGCUCUGUGGGGGGCUGGCAGCCAUCGUGUGGGUGUGCUCUGGCCUCAUCUCCCUGGUGCACACUCUCCUCAUGAGCAGACUGACCUUCUGCUCUCUGCUUCCCGAGAUCUCUCACUUCUACUGCGAUGCUUACCUGCUCAUGAAGUUGGCCUGCUCAGACACACGAGUCAAUCAACGUGUCUUCCUGGGGGCUGUGGUACUCUUUGUGGCUCCCUGCAUUCUUAUUGUGGUCUCUUACGUCCGAAUCACUAUAGCGGUCCUCCAGAUACCCUCUGCCAAGGGCAGGCACAAGGCAUUUUCCACAUGUAGCUCACACCUGUCCGUGGUCACCCUGUUCUAUGGGACUGUUCUGGGAAUCUAUAUACGGCCCCCCGACUCCUUCUCCACCCAGGACACAGUGGCCACCAUCAUGUACACUGUGGUGACCCCCAUGCUGAACCCCUUCAUCUACAGCCUGAGGAACAAGGAUAUGAAGGAGACCAUGACAAGGUUCCUCAACAGUGGCUUGAAGUCCUCUUAG